AUGUACGCCCUCCAACGAUUACUCUACGGUUUCCCCGAACCGACUCCACACCGACGCAGCAAGCCUGUCGAGGUACUUUGCCUGGGCCUACCACGCACUGGAACCGAGUCGUUAAGCGUCGCAUUGAGAGCUCUUGGUCUGCAAACAUAUCAUGGCUGGGAUUUGGUCUUCGAGCCAGAUGGCAGCAAGUUGCAACACUGUAAUGAGCUCGUGCGGCGGAAAUACAACGGUGCUCGCGACGGCGAGGUGGAGAUUAGUAGCGCCGAUUUCGAUAUUCUUAUUGGUGAUAGCCAGGCUGUGGUUGACUCCCUGUGCAUUUUAUUCGCCCCUCAGCUACUUGCUGCCUACCCAAACGCCAAAGUGAUACUCAACGUGCGUCCCGAUAUUGAUGCUUGGUACCGUAGCAUCGAUAAAACCAUUGUCCAAGGUGUUGAUCAAUCAUGGACUAUGUGGGCAAUGCAGUGGUUCUCUGCAGAGUUUCAUUGGCUGUAUAGUCUCUACUUAAGGCACGGAUAUCCAGGCAUUUUUCACAGCACAAACACUACAGAUGGGAUCCAGAAAAACGCUAAGUGGGUUUAUCGCGACCAUUGCAACAUGAUUCGGGGCAUGGUGUCUGAACAUAAUUUGCUUGAGUGGUCCGUUGAGGAUGGCUGGGAGCCGCUUUGCAAGGUGUGUGUGAUUUGA